AUGGGGCUCUUGAAUCUUCAAUCCUCGAAGCACCGCCACACCCGGCAAUGGCGCUUGCUGGAUAUAAUCACCGCCGCCUUCUUCGCGGCGGUCCUCCUCUUCUUCCUCCUGGUGUUCACCCCGCUUGGCGACUCGCUGGCGGCUUCCGGGCGGCAGACGCUGCUGCGCUCGGAUCCGCGCCACCGCGGGAGGCUGGUGGCGCUGGUGGAGCUCGGCCGGCAGGGGACGGCGAUCGAUGCUUGCCCGGCUGACAUGGUGGACCACAUGCCGUGCGAGGAUCCUAGAAUCAACAGCCAGCUCAGCAGGGAGAUGAAUUUCUACAGGGAGAGGCAUUGCCCCCGGCCGGAGGAGACGCCGCUUUGUCUGAUCCCGCCGCCUCAAGGGUAUAGGGUUUCGGUACUGUGGCCGGAAAGUCUACAUAAGAUUUGGCAUGACAAUAUGCCCUACAAUAAGAUAGCAGAUAGGAAAGGCCACCAGGGAUGGAUGAAACGGGAAGGCCCGUAUUUCUUAUUUCCAGGUGGUGGCACGAUGUUCCCCGACGGGGCAGUGCAGUAUAUCGAGAAGCUUAAACAAUAUAUUCCUAUUGCUGGUGGAGUUUUGAGGACAGCUCUUGAUAUGGGAUGCGGGGUUGCUAGUUUUGGUGGGUAUAUGCUGGCUGAAGGCAUCUUAACUCUCUCUUUUGCCCCGAGAGAUUCACACAAAUCACAGAUUCAGUUUGCUCUGGAAAGAGGAGUACCAGCAUUUGUUGCCAUGCUUGGCACUCGUAGACUUCCAUUUCCUGGUUUUUCGUUUGAUUUGGUGCAUUGUUCGCGAUGUCUCAUUCCUUUUACCGCAUAUAAUGCAACAUAUUUUCUUGAAGUUGAUAGAUUACUUCGCCCGGGAGGUUACCUGGUCAUCUCUGGGCCACCCGUGCAGUGGGCCAAACAAGAUAAGGAAUGGGCCGAUCUGCAGGCAGUGGCCCGAUCAUUGUGUUAUGAGCUUAUCGUUGUGGAUGGGAACACCGCCAUCUGGAAAAAGCCUAUUGGGGAUUCAUGCCUUCCCAAUCAAAACGAAUUUGGGCUCAGUUUGUGUCCCGAAUCUGACGACCCAAGUUUUGCAUGGUACACCAAGUUGAAGAAAUGCAUGAGCCGUACAUCUUCAAUCAAAGGAGAAUUUUCUAUAGGAAAAAUCCCGAAAUGGCCCGAUAGACUGACUUCAGCCCCUGCAAGAGCCAGCGUGAUGAAAAACGGGAUUGAUGUGUUUGAGGCCGACAAAAGGAGAUGGGUUAGAAGGGUUGCUUACUAUAAAAACACGCUAAACGUGAAAUUGGGAAGUCCUUCAAUAAGGAACGUGAUGGACAUGAAUGCGUUUUUCGGAGGUUUCGCGGCUGCAAUUGUGUCUGAUCCCGUGUGGGUGAUGAAUGUUGUGCCCUCUCGCAAGCCUUCGACUCUUGCUGUCAUAUAUGAUAGGGGGCUUAUAGGAGCCUAUCAUGAUUGGUGUGAACCUUUCUCGACUUAUCCUCGUACGUAUGAUCUAAUUCACGUAGCUGCAAUCGAAUCGCUCGUGAAGGAUCCCAUUUCCGGAAAGAACAGGUGUAACCUUGUGGACUUGAUGGUGGAAAUCGAUAGAAUGUUGCGCCCGGAAGGCACUGUUAUCGUCCGAGACUCGCCUGAAGUUAUCGAGAAAGUCGAACGUAUUUCUCGUGCUAUAAGAUGGACUUCUUCCGUGCACGUAAAGGAACCUGAAUCCCAUGGAAAAGAGAGCAUUCUUGUAGCAACCAAGAAACUAUGGAAACUGCCUUCUGCAUCACAUUGA